GAGUUUGGCAGUGAUUGAUGGGAAAGAUGUGACUGAUUUAAAAAAAAAACCGAUUUGCCUAAUUUACUGGAUUUAGGCGCAUACCGAAAGCAAGGAAAGGCUGACACCCACUUAGUCGUUUCCCGAGAGCCAGUCCUUCCUGCGGCUGCAGAGCGAAGCUACUGCUAACCAGGCAGCGUCCUGCAGAGCGCGGGUGCUGAAUCGCCGGCAAGCUCUGGGAAGCAGGAACCAGCUCUUGGCAGCUGGUUUGUGCUGGGAGGAUUUGAAAGCGGGACCCGGCGCCGCUCGGCUCUGCCCCGCUCCCGGCAGCGGCAUGCACCGACCCAGCCUUUGGAGCCUCCUAGCUCCCGCUCUGCUGCUCAGCUGCUGCGCCGCCUGGGAGGAGAAGGGGUCCCUGCGCCCGAGGGGCGUCUCGCAGCGCAGCCCGCUUUCCCCGGGGGCCGCGGUGACCCACACCGCCCGCACGCCCUGGCUCAGGGGCUCGGCCUCGGCCUCCAACGUGUCCAGCUCGGCUGUGCCCGGGAACGACCCCGGCCGAGCCCGCUCGCUGUCUCCGCCCAUGUGCACCGGGCAGACGGAGGUGAAGGAGACGUUCAAGUACAUCAACACGCUGGUGUCCUGCCUGGUGUUCGUGCUGGGCAUCAUCGGCAACUCCACGCUGCUGCGCAUCAUCUACAAGAACAAGUGCAUGAGGAACGGCCCCAACAUCCUGAUCGCCAGCCUGGCCCUGGGGGACCUGCUCCACAUCACCAUCGCCAUCCCCGUCAACGUGUACAAGCUCCUUGUAACGGACUGGCCCUUUGGAGUUGAAAUGUGUAAACUGGUACCCUUCAUUCAAAAGGCAUCUGUGGGCAUCACUGUGUUAAGUUUGUGUGCCCUCAGUAUUGAUAGGUAUCGAGCAGUUGCUUCAUGGAGCCGAAUCAAAGGAAUUGGAGUGCCAAAGUGGACUGCCAUUGAAAUUGUAUUGAUCUGGGUUAUGUCAGUAGUCUUAGCUGUUCCUGAAGCUAUAGGUUUUGAUAUGAUUGUUAUGGAAUAUAAAGGAAAGCAUCUUAGAAUCUGUAUGCUUCAUCCCACACAAAAAACAUCCUUUAUGCAGUUUUACAAAACAGCUAAAGAUUGGUGGCUGUUUAGCUUUUAUUUCUGUUUGCCGUUGGCCAUCACAGCACUUUUUUAUACUCUGAUGACCUGCAAGAUGUUAAGAAAGAAAAGUGGAAUGCAGAUUGCUUUAAAUGACCACUUAAAACAGAGACGCGAGGUGGCCAAAACUGUGUUCUGUCUGGUGCUUGUCUUUGCCCUGUGUUGGCUCCCCCUUCACCUAAGUAGGAUUUUGAAGCUCACUGUAUAUGAUCAAAGAGACCCCAAUAGAUGUGAACUUUUGAGCUUUUUUCUUGUAUUGGACUACAUUGGUAUUAACAUGGCUUCGCUGAAUUCCUGCAUUAACCCAAUAGCCCUGUAUUUGGUGAGCAAAAGAUUCAAGAACUGCUUUAAGUCAUGUUUGUGUUGCUGUUGCCAAUCCAAAGACAUGCUGUCCCUGGAGGAAAAACAGUCCUGCUUAAAGUUCAAAGCUGAGGAUCAUGGAUAUGAUAAUUUCCGCUCCAGUAACAAGUACAGUUCAUCAUAAAAAAAGUAUCCUCUGAAAUUAAUUUCAGUGCCUUUAUUUGAGUCUGACUGACAAUUGCUGUUAUAAAUUAAGAUAGUAGAACUUUUGAAAAAUCUAGUUUUCUGUUUGCACAAAAAGUAAAUAAAAAAUUGAUUGCCCUCAGUUACAUGACAUUCAUAAUUAUGCAUGGUAUCAUGAAGAACAACAGCAGAAACAACUAAUUGUUAAAGCACUUACAUUCUUUGGAUCAGCAAUUCCAGACCAUCCUCACUUCCGAUAUAUCAGUCAUUGGUAUUCAUUAUAAGCGUCUUAGGAACUAGAGUCACAAUUCUUACCAAAUAGCAAACCAUAUCUUUUGUUGGAUCGAAGCCAAUAUUGUAUAUAACUCAAUGUAUUAUAUUUGUUAAGCAGAUUGAGUGUCUAAAUUGUUUUUAAAAAAUCAAAUCCAAAUACUUCAUAGCACAGUUUAAACAAACACACAAAAAAAGUACUUUUAUCAGGAAUGUUACACUACUAGGUGAGAACAAUACUAACAGGAUACAGUCAAGUUAAAAAUCACACUUCUGUCUAAAUAUUUUUACCUACUACUAUUACAAGUAACAUUUAAGGUCACUACAAAUAUUGUUCUCUUUUAUCAGUUUGUUUAUUUCAUGCAUUUGUGGCAGCACUUUUAGUAGUCCAUUUCACUGUUUCUCCAGUUAUUUGACAUAGUGUUUCACAUGAUAGAGGAGAAAAACAUUUUUAAAUGGAGGAAAAUAUGAUUGCAGAACCACAACAAUUCUGCACAGUCGCUGAAAUGAAUGAUUUUUUAAACUGAUUAGAUCUCAAGUUUACAGCAUCCCUUUUAAACAAUGGGCCUUCACGUAAUUGACUGUAGUUUAACCAACUUUAUUUUUCUAGAGCUUUCAAAUGAAACUGAUUUCUCAUGGGAAAAAUCAGAAGCAAUCUAAAUAAUGGUUGGGGAAAAGAACCCUUAAUAUAGCAGAUAGUACAAAAUGGUAGACAGAGCCUUUUGGGUUCUAAUUGUAUUUAGUUCUCCUAGGUUUUAAAGAAAAUAUUCACAAACUGUACUUAAAAGGCUAGUACUAUGUCAUGGAAUUCUUGACAUUGUUAUAAAAUGUUUUUUCUUUCCGUGUGGUAAUAGCAUUUGUGAUUAGUUUCUACUUCUGUAAAUAUUUUAGUGAAGUAUAAUUAACUGUAAAAUAUUAAAAUAUGGGCAGGACCCUAUAAGAAUAUAGAGAGAUAAAGAUGCCUGCAGUAAACAUGAUGUGUAUUGCCAGGAGCAGUUCACAUUUUGUGUAUGCGUGGCAGACUAAUGCUUGUCUAUUUUAAAUAGCUUGAUCCAAGCAACUCAUGCGUGAGAUCUUUUGCUAGUACUAGUUACCAAUACUAGGAUUAGUAAAAGCACGACUCUUUGGCUUUGCAUCUCCAAUUGAUUUGUCGCAGAUUCUCCAAAAAAAAUUAACACUUUUCAAGCAGUAAAUCAUGAGCUUUUCCUACAAAUAUCAACAGAAAACAUUUUGAAAGUGAGAAAUGUUUUCAGCACAUACCAUACUUUAUUAUAAUACAGUACUUGUCAAACUCAGGAAUUUUCCUACCUUCCAAAUGUCAAGUGUAAGAAUCCCUCGUACACCUUGUCCACAAAGUGCCUUAGAUAUUCUCAGAAUUAAAACAGUUUGAAUUAGAUCUUCAACUUGUGUAAAUUGGUGUUACUCCAUUGGAAACUACUGGAGUUAUGCCUGUUUACACCAGCUAAGGAGCGUGGGGGUGGAUGGUGGGUGUAUUUUCCAUUGUUAGUUUGCUGUUUUCAUCACCCUUUGCCCAUAAAUCCAACUACAAUACACUUAACAGAAUGAAAUACAUGGGGAGUUGUUCCUUUAAUAAGAAACACAAAGUAAGAAGUCAUUCAAGAUGUGUUCUGCCAAUUCCUAAAGUAGAAAAAUAGUUUUUUAAAGUAAAAAUAAUUCCUUUUCUUGUGCAUGAGAAGUCAAUAAUUUGGCUAGUAUACCAUGUAAAUAUUAUGAAUGUUCAACACGCUGUAUAUUUUAUCAAUUUUCACAUCAAGACAUGAAUUAAAGCAAAUAAAAAAUAUUCUGUGAAAUGCAUUUCAUAUAUUAAAAAUGGGUAACCAACUAAAUCCUAAAUUUGAUACUGGUCAGUGUUAUUUUCAUAAAGUUGUAUCAUUACAAUAUUGUACAUGUAUAUUAUUUUUAUUUCUGUUGAAAUGUAGCUGCUGUAUUCUACAACUGUGUAACAUGAUUUUUGUUUUUCCUGGUCUAGUUCCUUGUUAAGUUGAACCCUCGUAGGCCCAGACAUUUAGGUAUUGCAGACAACGGCAUGUGCACUGCCUAAUUUUCAAAAACCUAAUAUAUACUUAAUGGAAAACUUUCUUUUUAAUUUCCAGUAUUUACAAAGCAGUAUUUUCCCAGCAACUGUAUUUUUCCUGUAAUAACAAAACUUGCUACUUAAA